AUGCACAUAUACUCCAUCCUUUUCUACAAUUCUCACAUAUACUCAAUGUUCAAUACUGUACGACUUACGACCUCGCUGCUUCGAUCUUUACGACCAGCUACACUCAACUCGACAAAGUACUUCUCUACCACCACACGCACAAUGGACGCCUACAAGAAGGCCGGGAACCGCAAGGACGAGCCGCCACAGCACGAGAUGGUCCAUUUCGCAGGACUGCUGAGCAGCAAGCGCGAAUUUGGAGACUUCAGGACGGUGCUGCACACGGGACUUUUCAGCCAGAUCGUGGCUAUGGAAGUCCCUGUUGGCGGUGACAUUGGCGACGAGGUACACACUGUCGAUCAGAUCCUCAUGUUCACAUCCGGCCGCGGUCUGGCCACUGUUAAUGGCAAGGACCAAGAAGUCAAGGCUGGCGAUGUUGUCGUUGUCCCUGCAGGCACACAGCACCAGUUCGUCACCAAGGGCGACACACCGCUUGAGUUGAUCACUGUAUAUGCGCCGGGCGAGCAUCUGCCGACGAGCGUGCACAAGACUAAGGAGAUCGGCGACAAGGAGGAGGAGGAUGGUAUCGAUGAAGCGCCCGAGUGGAGCCAAAAGAGCAAGAAGGAGAAUGUGGAUAAGGGACUAGUCAAUGAGAGUGGGAAGUACUGA